AUUCCACCGGGGGUUGGGGGCGGGAGUCUACUGUACGUUUCUUCUCACUGUGUAUGGACAUAAUUAAUUUCCUGAUUGAAUACUCGAAAAACUUGCGGCCAGUCGGUUUUACUGGAGCAGCACCUAGAGGAGGAACCCCCAAUCUGCUGGGAGAGUGCUUGUUAUUUUUCCACCCCGGAGUGUGGAGUGUGUUGGUGCCUCCUGCAGUUGUAACAAUUUAUGUCGCAGUUUCCUGGAGCAUUGACACACUUUUAGCGCCACCACAUCAAGUCAGAAAGAACACAUUCCUCGGUCUUCAUCAGCUUGGGCUGCAAGCAGUAGAAGCAUAUCAAGGGGCGUGUUUUAACGUUGUGUAAGGGUUGCGGAAAAGGGAGGGGAAUUUGUGUAGGUUUGCAUUUCCCAGCAGCAACUUGUACCGGAUUCGGCAAAGUCUUUGACCAAAGUGAAAACCCGGCGCUGCUGAUCGGAGUGAGUAAUUGAACUAUCGUUGCUGGCAACGUCUAUAGGUUUAAACUGGGGAAGAAACCGUCUUCACAUAAACUUGCUUUGCGAAUGUUGGGGAGGUUUAAAGCGUUUUAGGGCACAGGGCAAGGAACAUUAUGAAUAUGUUUUGGGACGCUGAUGCUUCCUUUGACGAACAGACUCAACAUAUUUUGUUGAAGUUUCUUCAGCAAAAUAAAGUUGAAAAUCGAACCUACCAGCAAGAAAUUCAGAAACUUGAAAAUGAAUUGAGAAACGGAUCCAGAUUUGACGAUGAUAUUCAGACGGAUGGACACUGUCCUUCAGGACCUCAGCGUACAGACUUUCGUUCAGAUAUGGGACAAGAUCAAGGUGAUGAUGAAUUAUACAGAAUGGUAGCUGCACAGUUGGUUGAGUUGGGAGAUGAGCUGGAUCAAAGUAUCUUUAAUCGUAACUUGAUUGAACAAUUUAUCCACGCAAAUGAAGCGAUUCAACCCCAAGAGGAUGGAACCAGGAUUAUGUCUGCCAUGAUUGCCCAUUUGACUACUCAACGAAAUGAUGUUACUCGAGAUAUGCCCCAGGAGAAAGUCUUCCUAUUGCUGGCAAUGAUGCUGUUCAAAAAAACUGUAGUAGAGAAACCGCUAUUGCUUCCACGCAUCUUCAAAACCACUGUCCAGUACAUUAGUAAUACACUCCAAAAUUAUAUUCAGAAUAUAGGAGGAUGGCAAAAUAUACAGUGAGACUACAAGCAAGCAAUAGAAAUAUCUUUGGCUAAAAUUGAAUCAAUUUGAUUUAUAUUCCUGUAAAAUGAAGUUACAUGGAAGCCAUUUUAAGAGGCUUUUUAAUACUUUUGCUUUAGAAUAUGAAAUAACAAAGCUACAGUUUUAAACGGACCCUAACUGAGAACUGAAUGGAUUUGAAAACAGACAUAAAAUUGAGGAGUCACUCAAAGUGCAAUGAAUGGUGGUAGUUUGUUUUUGAAUGCAUUUUUGUUUUUUAAAAAAAAACAAAGCCUUCAGUUCUGUAUUCAAAUACUUUUUAGUGACUGCAGUUUCUAAAUUCAUGAUAGUAUGAAUUUGAUUACAAAUGCUAUUAGGAUAUUGCUUAUGGCUAGCAUAUCAUAUAAAAACUGAAGUGUUAAGUUUGCUCUAUCUUUUGAAUUUGAGAAAAUGGAGCUGAAUUUGAGGAAUUACAACUUAAGUGUAUGUUAAUUUUGGUGUUUACUGUAUUUUAAAAUAAAUUUCUAAUUAAGAGUUUGAGAACAAAAUAAUCAUGUCCUUAAGCUUUCAUCUCCCAAGUGUUCUUCAACAAAAACUAUUCUACCACUUUUUAAAACAUAAAAAAAGCAAACAAGCUUGCAGUGGUGUAUUUUCCACUACCUAAACAUAUCCCAGAUUCAAAGCUAUUAAAAUUACCUUGCUAAAAUGCAGGUGCAGUAAUGUAGACUGGUUUAUCAGAAUAGAUGAAAACCACACUAAUUUUAAAAUGUCAAACUGGACAAUUGUGGAGGAAGAAAAAUAGAGUUGGCAGUUUGUGCAAUCACCUAAGUGCUGCCCAAUCCUGUUAAUAUAGUUAUUGAAUUUAACAAAUUAAUCCAGUUUUGUAUCUUGGCUCAUCCAUACUUGAAGUGACAUAGGGACUUGAUUUCUGUAAAUAAAAGAUAAGGUUCGAGCCUUACAUUUUAAAAAAAAAAGUUACCCAGGAGCAUAGGAAGCCUACAGCACACAACCCCCCCUUGCUUUCUCCAUAGCAAAGACUGGGUCAAUGGAUGUACCUACCUUCUUCUGGGGAGUAUGAAUAUAGAGAUUGAAAUUAGAAAUCUUGCACUUGACUAGAUAAUUGCAUGAUUAACGUUUAUUUUCAGCAAGAAACUUCUAAGUAGUAAUUUAAAAUAAAGUACCUGUUGAAGCCCA